AUGGGCAACUCAAACCUCAAACAACAUAUUGAAACCGCACAGAAGACAGGAGCAUGUCAGCUUCGGCAUCUACAUUUGAAGGAGGUGCCGGAGGAGCUUCAGAAACUUUCCAAGACCUUAAGAACGGUGGAUUUAUCAGACAAUAGAAUACCACAGCUACCACCAUGGUUUGUGACAUUGUCCAGUUUGAAGAAUUUGACAAUGAACAGUUGUAAACUUGCUUCUCUGCCCGAUGACUUUGGCCAGCUGAAGAAGCUUGAGGUACUCAUCCUCAUUGACAACUCCCUGACAAGCCUGCCUCGCUCAUUUUCCAAUCUGUCAAAUCUGAAGACCCUGACCUUGUCAAAAAAUCAGUUUAAGUCAUUCCCCACAGAGAUCCUUCCCUUGCAGCAGCUGGACUCUGUUGAUUUAUCACAGAAUUCAAUAACACAGCUUCCUAGCGAUAUGUCUGCACUACAAGCCGUAGAACUCAAUCUUAAUCAAAAUCAGGUAUCAACUCUGCCAGUGUCUCUGGCUCAGUGUCCUAGACUCAAGGUUUUGAGGCUGGAAGAAAACUGUUUGGACACUUCUGCACUAAAGCCUGAAAUCAUGAAACAUUCGAAGAUCAGCCUUCUGGCAGUGGAAGGCAACAUGUUUGAUAUGAAAGCAUUUCAUCAGCUGGAUGGUUAUGAUGAUUACAUGGAGAGAUACACAGCAACCAAGAAGAAAUUCAACUGA